AUGAAGUCCUUUUCUAUACUUCUUGCGGUCGCAGCUUCCGUUUCUGCACUUUCUGUUGACUACAAUGCAAACCCAGCAGGCUCCUCUAUAAACCUUCCGCGAUCUGAUACAUCUGCUUUCCGAUUUCCUCUCUUGACUCGAGGAAACCACAAGAAGAAAAAGGAUAAUUGGGGUAACGCUGUUGAGAAGGAUCGCAAGAAGAUCACCAUUCGUGCCUCAAAGCACGACCGGGACGAUAUCAGCGAUGACUUCCUUUGGGCUAUCAAGAAAGCGAACCAUGGUGGCCUUGUGCAUCUGGAAAAGGGCAAAAAAUAUAUCAUCGGAAAGAAGUUGGAUUUGACGUUCUUGAAGGACGUGUACGUCAAGAUUGACGGUGAAUUGAAGUUCACCGACGACAUCGACUACUGGCAGAAAAACAACUUCUAUUACGACUUCCAGAAGAGCAUCACGUUCUGGGUCUGGGGUGGAAAAGACGUGAAAAUCUUCGGCUCUGGCGUGAUCAACGGUAACGGACAGGCCUGGUGGGACGGCUUCUCUGGUGCAGAGAUCCUCGACCCAAACAACAAGUUCUAUCGCCCGAUAUUGUUCCUCACAGAUAACGCGACCAAUAUCGAGAUCGCUGGACUUCAUCUCAAAGACUCUCCAUGCUGGACUACCUUUCUGGUGCGCACAAAGAACGUUGUGUUUGACGACAUCUACAUUGACGCUGUCUCAACCAACAUAUCGUCUUUGCCCAAGAAUACCGACGGUUUCGACUCACUCAACGUCGACGGCUUGACCGUUACCAACACCCGUGUCAAUGUUGGCGACGAUUGUUUCAGCCCAAAGCCCAACACUACGAACAUAUUCGUCAAGAAUCUCUGGUGCAACGGCACGCACGGCGUUUCUAUGGGUUCUAUUGGCCAGUAUCCUGGUGUCAAAGACUAUAUCAGCAACGCCUGGCUGGAAAACAUCACUUUGCUCAAUGGCCAGAACGGCGCCCGCCUCAAAGCCUGGGCUGGCCCCAAUGUCGGCUAUGGAUACAUUGACAACAUUACGUACAAAGACAUCCACAUUGAGAACACAGACGCACCCGUCGUACUGGACCAGUGUUACUUCAACAUCAACGAGACUACGUGCGCUUCGAACCCAAGUAAGGUCAACAUUACCAACGUCAACUUCCUCAACAUCUAUGGGACGAGCAGCGGGAAAAAUGGCAAGGUCGUUGCAGAUCUCACAUGCAGUCCGGGAGCGACUUGUAAUGGGAUUCAUCUCGAAGGAAUCAAUAUCACGAGCCCGGCUGGAGGUCCACCUCAGAUUGUCUGCGAGAACAUCCAAGGAGAUAUCGGCGUUGCGUGCAUUCCUGCAAGCGAAGCAGACGAUUAA